CGGCCGGGCGCGCGCCUCGCCCACCCGGGGGGGACUCCGCAGGCGCGCGCGCGGGUGGGCGGGCUGGGGGCGCGCGCCCGGAGGAGGGAGAGCGGGACCUGGGGGAGGAGCCGCUUUCUGCCCCCCUCCUCCCGCUUGGCCCCAGAAAGAAAGAGUCUAAACCUCCCCAGACCCGCUUUCACCCUCCGAGGGAAAGGGCGACCACCACGGGUGGUUUCCGCCGUGGCCCCAUCCUCGCCGAUCCUGGCCCAGGCUGGUUGCCUUGGUAACGCCUCCCCAGCCUAGAACACGAACAGCUUCCCCUCUCCUCCACUUCGGUGGUUAUGGGGUCCCGAACCGCCCCUGUCCCUAUACCAGGAGGAGGUUGCUAAGUCCCUGGUGGUCCUUCCGCCCCUACCCGCAUUGGUUACUAUGGCAACCUCAACUAGCACUCCCUCAGCCCAAGGACACUGAUGACUGAGGGAAACACCUCUUUCGCAACCCACCCACCCUCCUAACCACCCAGUGGGCAUUACCAUGGUAACCAUCUCCCCUCCUUUCCCAUGGUGGGAGGUCCCUGGACCAAACCAACCAGGUAUUUUUAUUUAGAGGAGAAGAUGCUCCGCUGAGGAGUAGUUGCUAUGGUUACAGGGCCUGACCCUCCCCAGGGAGGCAAGACAGGCAAGGCUAAGCCCUGGUUACUAUGGUAACAGAGGCAGUCUCCCUUCCAGUGACCCUAGGAACCAGACCCAGGAAGGUAGGAGACGUUUUUUAGGAUUGUCUCAGAUUGGAGGGUGUCUAAGGGAAGAGGGUGUCAUAGUAACAGCUUCUAUCACUUCCAACCCUACCUUUCUGGACACAGUCAUGAGAUAGGGAUGGUGAUAGGUUGCUAUGGUAACUGACAUCCUUCCCACCCAUUCCUGAGAUGCUCCAGGUAGUGUCUGAACUUAGAGGACUUCAAGAAAAAUGAUUUAUAGGUAAGAUGAAGUUGUGCUCUACUGUGCAAAAUUGGCUGAUUUGGUAUUUUCUGGUUCUCCUUCCCUCAGCAGCGCAGCUGAGCAGGGCUGAAACCGCCCCCCUGAAGCUCACCCAGCCUGCAACGUAGGAGUACCUAGAGCAGCGCCUGGCAUGUUGUAGGAGUUCCACACGUAGCUAUUGAAGGACUGAAGGAAGGAGGGAUCCACCUCAGGGCCAGGGGCAAGGCCACGAUUCUAAAGGUGAAGAAGCCACUCUUAAAGUGCAACUCAGACUCUUAGGAUGUCGCCGAGGCCCAGCUAGGGCCUGACUUCAGCCCCAUGCGGCUCACCCGCUGCCAGGCUGCCCUGGCGGCCGCCAUCACCGUCAACCUCCUGGUCCUCUUCUAUGUCUCGUGGCUGCAGCAGCAGCCCAGGAACGCCCGGACCCGGGGACCCCGCCGCGGAACUGCCGCCGCCGGCCCCCACGUCACCGUCCUGGUGCGAGAGUUCGAGGCCUUUGACAACGCGGUGCCCGAGCUGGUGGACUCCUUCCUGCAGCAGGACCCAGCCCAGCCCGUGGUAGUGGCCGCCGACGUGCUCCCCUACCCGCCCCUGGCCCUGCCCCGCAUCCCCAACGUCCGCCUGGCACUGCUUCAGCCCGCCCUGGACCAGCCGGCCGCGGCCUCGCGCCCGGAGACCUACGUGGCCACCGAGUUCGUGGCCCUGGUGCCCGACGGCGCGAGGGCCGAGACGCCAGGCCGGCUGGAGCGCAUGGCGGAGGUGCUCCGGGCCGGAGGGGCGCGCCUGGUGGCCGCCCGGGUGGCCUCGGCCAACCCUGCGCGCUGCCUGGCCCUGAACGUCAGCCUGCGGGAGUGGAGCGCGCGCUACGGCCCCGCGCCCUCCGCGCCCUCCGCGCCCCGCUGCGACGCCCUGGAGGGGGACGCCGUGGUGCUCCUGCGCGCGCGCGACCUCUUCAACCUCUCGGCGCCGCUGGCCCGGCCGCUGGGCACCGGCCUCUUCCUGCAGACGGCCCUGCGGGGCUGGGCGGUGCAGCUGCUGGACGUGACCUUCCCGGCGGCGCGCCAGCCCCCGCUGACCACGGCCCACGCGCGCUGGAAGGCGGAGCGCGAGGGGCGAGCGCGGCGGGCGGCGCUGCUGCGGGCGCUGGGCAUCCGCCUGGUGAGCUGGGAGGGGGGGCGCCUCGAAUGGUUCGGCUGCAGCAAGGAGACCCCGCGCUGCUUCGGGACGGUGGUGGGGGACACGCCGUCCUACCUGUACGAGGGGCGCUGGACGCCCCCGUGCUGCCUGCGCGCGCUGCGGGAGACCGCCCGCUACGUGGUGGGCGUGCUGGAGGCGGCGGGCGUGCGCUACUGGCUGGAGGGCGGCUCGCUGCUGGGGGCGGCCCGCCACGGGGACAUCAUCCCGUGGGACUACGACGUGGACCUGGGCAUCUACCUGGAGGACGUGGGCAACUGCGAGCAGCUGCGGGGGGCCGAGGCCGGCUCCGUGGUGGACGAGCGCGGCUUCGUGUGGGAGAAGGCCAUCGAGGGCGACUUCUUCCGCGUGCAGUACAGCGAGAGCAACCACCUGCACGUGGACCUGUGGCCCUUCUACCCCCGCAACGGGGUCAUGACCAAGGACACGUGGCUGGACCACCGGCAGGACGUGGAGUUCCCCGAACACUUCCUGCAGCCGCUCGUGCCCCUGCCCUUCGCCGGCUUCAUGGCACAGGCGCCCAACAACUACCGCCGCUUUCUGGAGCUCAAGUUCGGCCCCGGGGUCAUCGAGAGCCCCGAGUACCCCAACCCGGCCCUCCUGAGUUUGGCGGGAAGCAGCUGAAGCCCUGACCCCCGCGCCUGGGGUCAGGGGGACCGCCCUUUGUUUUGAUGUCUCCGCUGCCGGGUCAGGGAGACGGAGCUGCCCUGCAGGGCCUAGGACAUCAAAGUCGUGCCCGGGGCCCCAGAGCUGGGACAGUUUUGGAAAGAGAAAGUGUAGGUUCUGAGGCCAGAUCAUCGUGAUUCAAACCCUGCUAAGUGGCCCUGGGCCGGUGUCCCGGUUCCUCUGGUCCUCGGUUCCCGCCAGGAUUGCGUGAGUACUCGCUAUACUCGCCAUCUCCGCACCGGAAGAGCCCGGGGACACGCGGCUGCUGGGGUUGCUUCUGCCACUAGAGGGCGCCCUUGCCCUAUCCUGGGCCCCAGGACUUUCUGUUCCGUAGCUCUGACAUCUGCUGAGCCUUCGGGCUUCUACGCCUGGCCAGACAGAAUGACCAUCUCCCCUUCUUCCAAAAUGCCACUCGCUUCCCUCCUGGGAGAGCCCUGGGAACGGGCUCCGAGCGCCGAGGUGCGACUGGCUGUGGUUAAGAAUGGGGUUCUGGAUCCGAGCCCCACUUCUUAACUGUUACCUCAUUAUUUGAGCUUCCUGCACCUGUUUGCCUGCUUGCAGGGCAGGGAAACAAUACUCAGAGCUCACAUCGACUGAGCACUUACUGUGUAUCAGGCAUUGUUCUCGGUGUCCCACACGGACUAACUGGUUCGUCCCUCCCCUCCUCCCUCCCAAGCGAGAGCUGCUAUUAUUUCCUCCUUACAGACGAGGACACUGAGGCCAGAAUGAUUAAGUCACUUGCCAAAGGCCAGACAGCUUAGCCAGUGGCAGAGUGGGACCCUGCACCCAGGCUGUCCGUCUGGAGCCCACACUGAAGGGGACUGUGUGCCCUGCUCGACUACUGGUACCCCAGAGGCCCCCCUGUCUCUUAGCAGGGAAGGCGAUGGCUGCCUUCCUUCUGUGGUCAUGCAUCUCAGAGUAAAUACUGUUUGGGCAUGUGACCUGACGUGUGUAUUUAUCAGUGAUAUCCAGGUACUGCUGUCAUUCUGUAUAUUAGUCAUAAGGCUUAAAUUAUUUCGUUUUUACACUCAAAACCAAUAGAGAAGUUUUGUUGACUUGCCUCAUCCCAACCACUUGGUCCGCACCCUCUGGGUGUGUGCACCUGGCUUAUGAAACCACAGGCCCUGAAGUGGGAGGCCCCGGGUUCAAGCACCAGCGCUGCGGCUUCCUCCUGCUGUGAGCCAGGCCCUCCGUGACUCUGCCUCCCUGUACCUCUCUGCUUUGCCCCUGGGAGGUGGGGGUGAUGAGCAUGCUCGCCCCACAGGGGUGCUGUGAGGCAGCUGAUGGGUAAACGGGUCAGGAGUCAGGGCUGGGUUUGGGUCCUGGUGUGGCCAACUUUGUGACCUUGGGGGAGUCCCUGCCCCUCCGACCCUAUAGAUCGGGUGAGGGAAGAAGCCCUUACAGAAGGAGGCUUCACACACCAGCCAGAAAAGACAAGUGCAAAUUUGGCCCAGUCUCCUAAGGCUCAGACGUCAAAGCCUGACUUCUUAGAACGCAGCCUCUGUCUUUAGCCUCUCAACGUGCAGAUAGCGCGCGAAGGGGCCGCUGGGGUCCCAUCCAUGGAGCAUUCUGGAAACAUGGCGGCGACUUGGCUGUUACCUGUGGUUGGGCAGUGCUCUUGGAAGACAGCCCAGCGGUGGAGGGUGUCUUAUAUGCAGGGCACCUGCACACAAUAAAGCAAGGUCCCUGGUCA